AGGCUCAUGAACCAGACGGAGUUUAACUGGUCUGAUCGCUGUGAGCAUUUCUCCUGUCCAGAGAGAUCUGUAUCUCCUGCAGUUUAUAUCUUACUGUAUGUGUGUUCAGCUGCUGUGGUUCUGCUAACAUUGUGUGGAAAUAUGCUCGUCAUCAUCUCUGUUUUUCACUUCAAACAGCUUCACACACUGACUAACACUCUUGUGCUCUCCCUGGCUGUGUCGGAUUCCCUUGUUGGUGCUUUACUGAUGCCAUCAAUGUUAAUCUGGACGAUUGAGUCUUGUUGGAUAUUUGGAAAAGAUUUCUGCACCAUUUUUUGGUUAAUUGCAGGUGUUGUCAUGAUAGUGUCAAUCUAUAAUAUUGCUUUAAUCUCUGUUGAUCGAUAUUUGGCUCUCUCAAACCCAUUUCUGUACACAUAUAAAAUCUCGAGGAGGGUGAUGUGCACUGCGGUUUAUUUUAACUGGUGUUUGUGUCUGGGGUAUUGCACAGCAUUCUAUUAUUUUAAUGGAAACUUCAUGAGUUCUGUAAUGUGUCCUGGAGAGUGUUUUUACUUUCUGAAUGAAGUUUGGACAGUAAUUGAUCUUGUAUAUUCAUUUAUUGUUCCACUUUUUGUCAUAAUCAUAUUAUACACUCGGGUUUUUGUGAUUGCUAAGAAACAUGCCACUGCUAUCAGAGAUCUUAAUAAUCACACACGGCCUAAAACACAGAAAAUCACCUUACAGUCAAUGAAAUCUGAGAGAAAAGCAGCUAAAGUCCUCGGCAUUUUAGUGUCUGUUUUUCUUGUGUGUUUACUUCCAUAUUUUAUUUAUAGUUUUUUAAGCAAUGUUUUUGAACUACAGACAAAAACAUUACAACAAGUGUCAAUAUUUUAUUGUCUUAACUCCACCAUUAAUCCGGUUAUUUAUGCUCUGUUUUACCCGUGGUUUAGGAGGUCCUUUAAAUUGAUUAUUACACUGAAAAUAUUCCGAACAAACUCUUCUUCGCUAAUGAAUGUUUUUCCAUGA